AUGGUAUGGCCCCCACAGAGCCCUGAUCUCAACAUCAUCGAGUCUGUCUGGGAUUUCAUGAAGAGACAGAAGGAUUUGAGGAAGCCUACAUCCACAGAAGAUCUGUGGUUAGUUCUCCAAGAUGUUUGGAACAACCUACCAGCCGAGUUCCUUCAAAAAUUGUGUGCAACACUCCUCACAUCCACCAUGAGUUUGGGCCAACCCAUUCACCAAUUCCUCUUUGAAGAACAACACUUGAGUGAGCAGUCUGAAAAGUUAAAAGAAGUGAGAACAGCCAUAACCAAAUGCAAAACUCAGUUGAAAGUUCUAACGGAAAACUACCAGAUGACCACUCAAGAACUUGAAAUGAAGGACCAGCAGCUGUCUGCAGUAGAACUUCAGCUGAACUUAAUGAAAAAAUGUAAGGAGCAGAUAUCCAAGCGAACCGAAGAGCUCCUCGGCGAUAAGACUGACCUUCAACGACAGCUGGCUGAGAUGAAAACUGCGUUUAAAGACGAGGAGCGAGAGUUCUCGCGGGAGAUCUCCAGCUUCAACAGUGAAUUCAGUCUCUGCCCUGGGACAUGCAGUCCAACGCACAGGGAGGUCCUCAACCUGAUCACAGAGGCGGACUCCUUGCGCAAAGAAAUGGAGGAAAUGAUCCAAGACAACCUCUACAUGAGUGGUUUGCUGACACAGAAGAAAAGUCUCCAUCUUGAGUUGCAGGCCCUCAAAAGCAUCCACGCAGAUGUUCAGCGCCAGCUGAACGAGGCCAAGGAAACGACAGCGGCAUUGCAGGCCGAAAGUCACGCUGCCCAUCAGAAACCUUUCACCGACAGCGACGUCAUAAGGCUUAAGAAAGAGCUGGAGAAGUACGAAGAUAGAGACAUGGAGCUUCUGCUGGAGACCCUCAAGAUGGAAGUACAAUACCUCCAGGGUAAAGUGGACAGACUCUCGGGUGGAGAGCAGCAUUAG